AAAACCAACAAACAUACACGUAAAAGGAGCUUUCUGGUCGUCAUGCUUCCGGGUACACCAUUUUGGAGUAGUCCCGGAGGCAAAAAUCCAAAGGCGCCCCUUAUGUGCUCGGAUCUGGAAGUUACCUAGCUAGGUGAGCCAAAAACGGCGCCGGAAUCUUGUCGGGAAUUCGCUAUUCUCGCUCUCCUCUGUUCCUCCUAAACACCUAGAAGAAUAUUUUGAAAAAUUCCUGUUCUCUCUCUCUGAAUCCCCCGAUUUAUAGGCCUAGAGAAAAAUAAAACAAAUCAAAACCCUAAAAUUCUACCCACCCUCGGAUCUAUCUCUCUCAUCUUUCCCACCGUAGAUCACAAGAAGUCGGAUUUGACUAUCCUGCUUUCUCCACAGAACCUACUGUUUGAAGAGCUUCGCAUGGAGAAAUUCUCCCCACAAUAUUUGGACCGGACAAGAUCCAAGGAAAGAGUACAGAUUGUGGCGGACGCGAUGACCACUUGGUUGAAAUAUGGAGAGAAGGUAAUGAUUCAGGUCAGAUCUCCCCAGUUUCAACUGGAUAAGACCAAGCUUCAAGUGACAAUGUACUCACCACCAUUCACCACUCAUGGGACAUCCAUGAACCAGAGACUGGUUCAAUUGGGAAUUGUUGACGUAAACAGCAAUGUUUUCCCCGGUAUUCACAACAUCGUUGCCACCGGACCUCCUUCCGUUAACAUUGCUCCUCCUGGUUAUUACAUGCUUUUCGUGAAUUUCAAUGGCGUCCCUAGCGUCGCAGUGUGGGUUCAAAUCAAGUAGGCUUGACCUCGAAAAAAACUGAUGAAAUAACUUGCAGGAGCUGCUGCUUUGUCAAUUGUCCAAUUUUUACCCUUAUUUUUUGUGAUUCAUUCUCAUAUUGUAGUAGGACCACUUCAAAUUGACGAUAGUUUUUUUUUUU